UUCUUGUUGUUUCUAACAGUUCCUGGGUGGUGACAGGUUGGGAGGCUGUGUGGAAACCCUUCCUGAAGGUAACGUCUGUUGUUUUGCUUUGUUUUUUCCUCUUUCUCCCUCUCUCCUCUCCCACCUCACCGCCCCCCCAACUUCGGGAGAUGGAGCCCAGCUCUGGGUGCCCCCCCCCCCCGGCCUUUUUCCUUUCCUCUCGCUGCAAAACCAAAAGGAGAUGGAAUUGGCAGUCGAGCAGCUCGAGCUGCUUUUCUGCUCCUUCCCCCGACGAGCUGCCCUGCCGUGGCCACGGAGCAGCGCGGGGAUGAACACCCGCCCCCCACCCACCCCCCCGCCCCGCAACAUAACCUUGGGAAAGGAGAACAGGAUCACAAAAAGGACAACACAACCAGCACAACCCCUGGAUGCUCAUCCACCAUUGUCUGCUUGUCCUGCCUCUUCCCCCAGCAGAAAGCAGAGCCUCCAGCUGCUGAGCUUUGACUUCCAACUGGAAUUGGGUCCCGCAGAACCGCUGACACGCCAAACGGGGGCUCUGAACACCCUUUUUCGCAACAAGAAAAGCGAAUGCCAGCUCGCCGCAAGUUCGGUUUUCCCAUCCGGAGUCUUUCCCGAGCAAACUUCUUGCGCUUUCGCCUCCAACACCCAACGAGCGGGUUAUGGGGCCGGAUCCACGCCUCCCUUCGCCGCUUCCAUGCCCGGGCUCUACUCCAGUGGCAGCGCCGUGCACCCCCAGCCCCCCAGCAUCUAUUCCUCGGGUUACGGCCUGGAGCCCGGCUCCUUCAACAUGCACUGUUCCCCUUUUGAGCAAAACCUCUCCAUGAUGUGCCCGGGAGAUGCUUCUAAGCAGAAUUGCAGCAAAACGGACCAGAGGGACUCAGAUUUGCAAAGCGACAGUAACUUCCGUAUCUACCCCUGGAUGAGGAGCACAGGCACCGACAGAAAACGCGGCCGCCAGACCUACACCAGGUACCAGACCCUGGAGCUGGAGAAGGAAUUUCACUACAACCGCUACCUGACGAGGAGGAGACGCAUCGAGAUCGCCCACGCCCUGUGCCUGACGGAGCGACAGAUCAAAAUCUGGUUCCAGAACAGGCGCAUGAAGUGGAAAAAAGAAAAUAAAACUGCCUGCUCCGGUUCCAACAGCCAGGAAAAACCAGACGCCGAAGACGACGAGGAGGAAUGAAAGGGGCGAGAGGUGGAUGCAGGGAACCCACGCGGGAAGAAAAGGGGGGGAAAACAUACAGAAAAAGACUAUAUAUUCAACUAGAGAAAUGCUAAGUGCAUAAAUAAUUAAAAACCCUGGGAAUGAUACAUUGUGUUUCCUGACACUGAAAAAAAAUACUACCUAUAUUAAAGUUUGGUUUGUUGUUUUGUUUUGUUUUGUUUUUUUACAAUAGAAUGAAUAUCUACCUAUUAAAUGUGGCUUUAGAGUCAGAAUAGACACAUUUUUCUAUGUGAGUCUUCCUAUAGUACAAGUAAUUUGUAAAUCUCCGUUUGUACUUCGCCGUGUA